AUGGAAUUGCCUGUAGUGAAACCUUCGCUGGUCACUAUAGCUGGAGAUUUCUUUACUACAUAUCGGUUCUUACUUGGCCCAGUUCUGGGCAGUGGAAUGAGUGGAGAAGUUGUGCUAGCCACCUCACUUCUGUCUUCUAAACACAAGAGAGCUGUGAAGAUACUGUCAUUGCUGACAGCUGAUGGAGGAGCUAGAAACAAGAAGUUGUUUGAUAGAGAGGUCGGAAUUUUACGAGGACUGUCUCACCCACACGUCAUCAAACAUACUAUAUCUGUCAGAUGUCCUGAAUACUUGGCCAUCUGUACUCACUACUGCCCUAACGGAACUUUGACCUCCAAGCUUGACACUAUGACCUCAGAGUUGUGUAACAAGUACUUCAUCCAGCUGACGUGUGCUGUGCGUUAUCUCAAUGAUAAACAGAGAGUAGUACACUGCGAUAUCAAGCCGGACAAUAUUUUCAUCAACGAGAACAACGACCCAGUUCUGGGAGAUUUCGGAAUAUCGAUGUCCCUUCCUCCUGGAGCCAAAAUUGUUUUUGCUAAAGACAUUGGGGGCACCAGGCGUUAUCGUGCGCCUGAACUAAAGUGCCGGAUGUUUGUGGAUCCAUGCAAGGUGGACGUGUACUCUCUGGGCGUGGUUCUCUGGUGCAUGAUGUUCCAGAGCAAACCGACAUCAGACACAGUCUACGAGUGUCUAGACGACGUCGACAUGUUGAUGGCUGCUCCGGAACCUCAAGGCUGGUGCUUGGCUAAUUCCGUACAAUAUGAUCCCGACAUCAGACGUACAGCGGCGUCAAUACUGGCCAACAUGCACGAAGCUGAUAUCCACAGGGACCUGAUUGAUAGUCUGUAA